GGUGUGUGAGAGAGUUGAGGGAGGGUUAAAGGGAAUGAGAGAGUGUGAGCUAGAGAGAGACGGAGGGAGGUAGAUCAGGGAUCUGUGUGAAGUCAGGUCAGUCAGUCUCAGUGCUACUCAGACCAUCUCUCUGGAUUAGUAAUCCUGCCCUUUGGAUUGGAUUGUUCUGGGACUGAGUGUUUGGGAAAGAGCCUGUAUUUGAAGAAUAGGCCUGGGGCAGGGUGUCUUGGACUGGGAGCGUGUACUAACUAGUAUUUGGACUACCGAGUCGUGUCCUAUGGAGGUUCAGGUCCAGAGUCGGCCGCUGCCACCCACCAUCCCGGAGAAUGGGGCGGCCCCUGACCCUGAACCCCACACUGUUAACGGUCAUCGUCAUGCCAUCAGUGGGGAGGCAGAGCUGCCUGUCUCCAAGUCGCAGAGGAGACGAAGCGAUGUCAAAGUCUACAAGGAGUUCUGUGACUUCUACGCACGCUUCAACAUGGCCAAUGCCCUGGCCAAUGCGAUGUGUGAGCGCUGUAAGAGUGGCUUUGCCCCGGCGGAGAAGAUCGUCAACAGUAACGGGGAGCUGUACCAUGAGGGGUGCUUCGUCUGUGCUCAGUGCUUCCAACAGUUCCCCGAAGGUCUCUUCUAUGAGUUUGAGGGCAGGAAGUACUGCGAGCACGACUUCCAGAUGUUGUUUGCUCCCUGCUGCCACCAAUGUGGGGAGUUUAUCAUUGGUCGUGUGAUCAAGGCGAUGAACAACAGUUGGCACCCUGACUGUUUCUGCUGUGACCUCUGCCAGGCCGUGCUGGCUGACGUGGGCUUCGUCAAGAACGCCGGCAGACACCUGUGUCGCCCGUGUCAUAACCGUGAGAAGGCCCGUGGUCUGGGGAAGUACAUCUGUCAGAAGUGCCACGCCAUCAUCGAGGAGCAGCCGCUGCUGUUCAAGAACGACCCCUACCACCCCGACCACUUCAACUGCAACAACUGCGGUAAGGAGCUGACUGCUGAUGCCAGGGAGCUGAAGGGAGAGCUCUACUGCCUGCCCUGCCAUGACAAGAUGGGUGUUCCCAUCUGUGGCGCUUGCAGGAGACCCAUCGAGGGCCGCGUGGUCAAUGCCAUGGGCAAGCAGUGGCACGUCGAGCAUUUUGUGUGUGCUAAGUGUGAGAAACCCUUCCUGGGCCAUCGCCACUACGAACGCAAAGGACUGGCCUACUGUGAGACUCACUACAACCAGCUCUUUGGAGAUGUCUGCUACCACUGCAACCGUGUCAUUGAGGGUGAUGUGGUGUCAGCCCUGAACAAGGCAUGGUGUGUCAACUGCUUCGCCUGCUCCACCUGCAACACCAAGCUCACCCUAAAGAACAAGUUUGUGGAGUUUGACAUGAAGCCGGUGUGUAAGAAGUGUUACGAGAAGUUUCCUCUGGAACUUAAGAAGAGGCUGAAGAAGCUGGCGGAGACAGUGGGCCGGAAGUAGACACAGACAGACCGAGACGGACGGACGGACCGAGACGGACAGACCCAGACAGACGGACAGACCCAGACAGACGGACAGACCCAGACAGACGGACAGACCCAGACAGACGGACAGACCCAGACAGACGGACAGACCCAGACAGACGGACAGACCCAGACAGACGGACAGACCCAGACAGACGGACAGACCCAGACAGACCGGAAGCCUAUAGUCACUAGAUGGCCAUGCUAGAAUGGACAAAAGUGAUAUCAUCAGAAUGUUUGAGCAACCACAUGAGCUAUUUGUUCUUGGUGUAAGGUUAUGGAUUAGCGUUAUGUUGUUGAUAAAUCACAUUUGCAGUUUCCUUCAAUCUUUUCAUGCUUGGCCAAAUAGUGACAACCCAUGAGCAGAGAGACCUACAGUACACAAAGAAGAGUCCUCCCCAAAUCAGUGCCUUUGUCUAAAGACAUAUUCAUAUUAUAUUCAUAUUUAUCCUUGAGAUGCUUAUCUCAUAUAUUUAAUUGUUAUUUUAGCUUAAAAUUUCACUUCAAAACCCAACUUGUUUAUUUAAGUAUGCAUCAGUAUCCUGGUAUUUCAUCAUAAGAAUAAAGAGUAUUAAUAAGGUUGUUACUGCCAGUGUGCUGGUCUGUUUCUGCCUUAGCCAACUACUUUAUCAUUGUCAUGCCAAACAAGUAGAAACAGACAGACACCUGGGCUAUGCUACUGAUGCUACUCUCAAUCACAUUACUGUGCAGCAGAACUGGGUUUAAUAUACAGUACCAGUCAAGAGUUUGAACACACCUACUCAUUCCAUGGUUUUUCUUUAUUUGUACCAUUUUCUACAUUGUACAAUAAUAGUGAAGACAUCAACACUGAAAUAACACAUGGAAUCAUGUAGUAACCAAAAAAGUGUUAAACAAAUCAAAAUAUAUUUUAUAUUUGAGAUUCUUCAAAGUAGCCACCCUUUCCCUUGAUGGCAGCUUUGCACACUCUUGGCAUUCUCUCAACCAGCUUCAUGAGGAAUGCUUUUCUAACAGUCUUAAAGGAGUUGCAUGGUAAAACGGAACGAUUGGAAUUCUGCCAAAAUUGCAGACUCUUGCCACCCUGCAUACCGGUAAGCUACAUCAAGAGUAUGUCAAGUAUUUGAUAGUAUCUAAUGUAUGUACAGUGCUAUUUGAGCCAGAUCUGCUAGGCAGCUUCUUGAGCGAGAGAGUAGCCUCCAUCCCAGCAUUUGAGGUCAUAUAGAGACAAGUCAUAUUCGUACCAGAGGUUUGUGUACAUUUUUCAGGAUGUAUUGAAAUAUUAUCCAAAGAUAGUACUGAAUAAGGUGACACGUGUAUGCAUAUCUCAUAUAGAGCUUUUUGUGUGUCCACAACAUUGUGUGGUGUUAUAUUGUUCUAUUCAUAUUAUUUCACAAUUGUCACAUUUCCUUUGUGCUUUUAUCACACAGACAGUAAAAAUGUAAGACGUUAUGUCACUGAAGGGUGUUUUGUAAACUGUUGGAUAACAGAUGUUUGUAUGUUUUUGACAGUAUUUCCAGAAUAAACAUAACCCACUUUUAUCAACAGUAAUGGAAUCAAAUAAUAUCUGAAAAUACUUUUCUCCAUUCUUUACAUGUCAUGCAUUACAUUGUCUUUUAAAAGGGGAAAAUAAACAUAGCAGAUACAAACAAUUCCAUCGAUUUAGGAUCUGCUUGUAACUGCAAUGUCUUUUUCCUUUUACUUUAGAUGAAAGCGCAUGUAAGAGUACUGUAAGAUGUAUGAAUGUGUUUUUCCUAGGUGUAUAAGCUCAGCUAUCCUCUUAUGGCAGUGUGACUUCUAUCUAGAUGCUCAUAGGAAGUAGAGAACUGCCGUUUUAGAGAGAAAAGCAUCAUAUCCCUGUUGAAAACAUGAGUUUAGUUGAGUUUUAGUUUGCCGCCGUGUUAAACUUUACUUGGAAGAAAUGUGUUGUUUUGCAUAGAGUGAGACAAUUCCACAUUCCACUGCUAAAUGGGAAUUUUAAAACCCUAUGUUAUUCCUCUGCCGUACUACAAUAUAAUAUGCUAUGCUACAUUCAAAGCCUUGAUUAGUGUUCGCCUUAUGCAUGUUACUUUAAUUUUGGUUUGUUUCUAGAUGUCAUCAUAUUCAAUUUAUUGUCUUCUGAAUAAUAAAAAAUCCUGCUACAUG